AUGGAUACCCAGGUUCACGCCAACCACUACGAGCAAGCCCGAAAACGAAAGUCCUCCUCCACCACCUUUGUGCCCACCGUCUUGCUUCUGUCGCCGCCAGACCUCCCCCAAGCAACAGCCCACGCACCCACACAAAACACAGGUGGCCUCCGGGGCUCGAUCCGAGGAUCCAUCCGGUCUCUGAGGGGAUCUCUGCGUAGACACAAACACGACACGACGCUACCCACCAUACAGACGGUGCCUCUUCAGCGAGCAGGAACUCCUAUACAGGCUCCUCCUAUCCAGAAACCCUUCCAGGCAAUUCUUUCCGGAGCUACAACAGUCUUUGACGACCCCAAAAGUGGAGCCCUCACCGUCGCCUCCACCCAAGCAUCAACCCGCCAUUUCCACACUGCUGGCACCGGAGGAAGCGCUCUUUUCACAAACAACUCCGCCCAUACACUCGCCGUCGUCGGCAACAGCACCUACUCAGGAGAAACUACCAAGAGCGCAGUCGGCCCCAAAGACAACUCGGUUACAAACAGCAGCAGAACGCAGUCGCCGGCUUUUUCGGGAAACCAAGAAAGCAUGUACUCUCCCUACUCGUCUGCAGUGUUGUCAGGCCUGGAGAACCCGGUGAUCUUCCAGGACCCGGAGAAGGCAGUUGUCAAGACCAUCACCAAUACUAUUGACCCCCAGGUUCUUGUAGCUGCACAGCAAAAGACUCUCACGCCCCAGCAGCCGACAACGUCCCCACGACCCACUACUCUCCAGGACUUGCAGCAGCCGCCCCAAGAGCUCGUAGCAUCUCCACUGUCCUCUGUUGUCCUCAAGCCGGCAGCCCUGCAGCCCGAUUACUGCGUGUACACGGAGAACACGGAUCCAGAAACGACAGAGAUUCUCCUCGACAGUGGAUCCGUCGAGCCCGCUAUCAACUCCCCACCACCCCCAUCUGGAGAAGAAGAGGAUUUUGGAAUUGCCAACCUGCUGUUUCUGGACGGCUCGGACGAGUUCGACUACACGCUCAACACGUUUCCCAAGAUCUCCACCAUGACCAAGGAGGAAAUGCAGAACAAUAUGACGCCAAUUAUCGAGGUGGACUCCACUGCUGCAGUUUCUGCACUGGAAAAAGACAGAACAAUUGCUCUUCCCACUCCUGGUGACAUGCCACCUCACCCCCUGCCCGUACACCGGUCCCUCAGCCACAUGUCCAACGUGGACCUUGUGCACAACAUUAACAUGGAGUCUGCCAGCGGUGCUGCGUCCAUCUCGACGAUGGGAAUACCUCCCAUCGCUCCCAAGGAUCGGGCUCUCAUGGAGGAGCGCCGGAGCCACUGUCUCCAGGAGCUCAUUCUUUCCGAGGAGAGCUACUUGAGCUCUCUGCGAAUGCUGGCGAACAUGUAUUUUGCCACCAUUGAGUCGUGCAAUGCCCUUGGCAAGGAGGCUGUUGCUCUUUUGGAGAACGAUACACGGUCGCUCAUUGAGUUUCACCAGGAGCUACUGGAUGAUAUUCAGUCCGAGUAUCCCAACAUCACCAUCUCCAACAAGCCUGCUGCCCCCACGCUGCAGGUCAAAAUUACCCCUGGUGUCAACGACUUCACACGAGCAGUGUGGACUUCUUUGAAGGAUGUCCCUCCUAGCAAUUUGGAAAAUCUGGGGUAUCGAGAUGGAAAGUGGGUCAAGCCUGCUCUCACCACUCUUUCUCCCCAGUUUGCUGCCCGCAUCAGUCAGCUUGUUGCAGACAAGGCCAUCAGUCUCUAUCUUUACGAACAAUACUGCAUCAAUUACGACGCCACUAUUGAGCUUCUGCGCUCCUACCGUGGUACGGGCAAGGAGCGGUUCUGGAUCAAGGGCUGCGAGAACCUGCUCAACGCAGCUCAACAUGAUGGUCGCCGAAAGGACCUCUCCCUGCAGAGCCUGAUGAUUGUCCCCGCUGCACGGAUCAGUAAGUACAGGCUACUUCUGGAGCAGCUGGCCAAAAACACUUGUCCGGUUGAGGAGACUGAAUCUCACCUUGUGAUUCUCGAUUCGCUGGAGAAGGUGGAGGACAAGCUGCGGCAGCUUGACCACAAUCAUCUUGUAGAGCGGUUCCGUCGCCAGUCGCACAUUUUGUGGAACAGUCUUUACUUCAAGAACGAGCUGCCCUUCAGUGUGCAGUAUUUUGGCCUUGCAAUUCUCUGUGGCGCUCUCAACGUCACCUGGCUGGGCCCCGAUGGCUCCAUCAAGUUUCACUACAUGGGAUGCUUUCUCUUCAAGUCCUACUUGAUUCUUGCCAACGUUGCCAACCCUGAGGGUCGCUUCUACGUCAAGUUCAUUAUUCCGCUGCACUGUUGCCGUCUCGAGAACCCCAUCAACUCAGUUGUUGGUCUGCAAACCUCCAGUUCUUUGACUAAGAAGCUGAUUUUCGAGCACAACUUUGGUCUGUACGAGAUUCUGUUGACUGCAACCACUGUUGAGGAGCUCAAGUCGUGGCAGGAGAAGCUAGAGGUGCAGAUUCUCUCCGUCAAUGGAAUCUACAUGUGGGACUUCAAGGCUUCGGACAUGAGUCUGCAGGGGUACAACAGUGCAUCGUGGAUUCCUCCCAUGAAGCCUCUUUCCGUUGCUUUUCAGAAGCGGUCUCGAUGGCGAAACUUCUUUGGAAGCUACAGGAGCGGGUUCAGCGAUCCUCUGGCUCUCCAGCUCAAGAUCCAACACUUUUAUGUCGACGGAGACCUGGAGUCCAACUAUGGGGCACACACGGCAGCCACGCGUGACGAGAACGAUGGCAUCAAGUGCGAGACCAUCCACAUUCGACGAUACGCCCGGCUGGAGGCCGAGAAGGCUCUGGGGGUCAUUUGGAGCAUGGAUGACCUGCCUCUGAUCCCCUCUUGCAACGCCGAUGAUACCUAUCAGCCCAUCAACAAUGUGCGCCACAUGGUUCGGCGGGUGGCCUCGAUGAAAUCGACUUUCAACCGGGGAGGUCAGCGACAGGGGUCAGCACGAGGUGUCUUUGGAGGUAACCGCAGCAAGAGCCUUCCGCAUGACAAUGUCAGUGCCAAGGAGUGUUAUAGCAAGUACGACUUGAGCAGCGGGACGGAUGAGUUUUUUGACGCUCUAUCGCAAGCUCGAAGUGUAUGGGUCAACACUCCUUAUGACGAGCUCGGUCGAAGUUCUCGGUUCCCCACUUUUAAGCUGGCAGGCGAGCGUCUUCGUCGGUUCAAGACCAAGGUAUGGAAGCAUCAUCAUUAG